AUUCAUCACGCAUAUCCAGUGCCAUCCAUCUCUCACCCAAAGAGGGCGUGUCGUUUCCCAGGCAGUAACAUCAUCCAGCGGCUCUUUGUCCCUCAGUGUGUGUGUGUGUGUGUGUGUGUGUGUGUAUCAGUACCGGGCUGAGCUGCUCGAGUCAUGGCGGCUGCGCCCGCGAACCCGCGCACCGGGACCCCGAAAGCGCAGCUGCCGCCCUGCUAUUACGAGGGUUUCCUGGAGAAAAGAGGAACGAAAGAGAAGGUGGCUCGUCGUUUAUGGACCUGUUUAUGUGGAAACACUUUAUACUUCUUCAACAACUCUAAGGACACACAUUAUGUAGAGAAGUUGGAUCUGAGUGGGUUUGUGUCUCUGAUCGAUGACCCAAGUCGUGAUAGGAAUCUGGAAGCAGCCAGAUUGAACCUCCGCAUGAAGGAUGGAGAAAUCAAGCUCACUGCACCAAAUCUCGAGGCACGUGAGCUGUGGAAAGGAUUUCUCUACUCUGUCGUAGAUCUGGCCGUGCCCACGACUCUCACCCUCCUGCCCGGGCAGCUGCACAUGCUGAAGGAGGUCGUGGAGAAAGAAAAAAUGCGUCGAAAGGCACGUGCGUCUUCCAGAGCCCCCUCAUCCCCCCUCUCGCUCCCGCUGGUGGGGGAAAUACCUGCGUGUUUCAGGCCUGUUUCUCGAACUGAAGCUGAGGUGCUGUUAGAAAGACAUCCGGACUGUGGGAACAUGCUACUCAGACCGGGCCGGGACGGAUCUUCACUCGCUGUCACCACACGACAAGACCUGAACGGCUCAGUGUUCAGGCAUUACAGAGUGACACAGAAGCAGCAGGGUGGUUACAUCAUCGACGUGGAAAACCCAAUCCCCUGUCCCACACUGCAUGAUGUCAUCAAUGCACUCGUGGAAAAAACGGCCGGGACUCUUCAGCCCUUCAUAUUAGAGGAGCCUUAUGAGGAGAACAUCACGUUUGUGUCAUCCAAUGAUGAGAAUGGAGAGCGAACCCUGCACUGUGCUCCCACUGGACCUCUCUCUCGAGCUCCAUCACUGCCCCGGAAACAAGUAGGUACAGACAGAUGGACGCUGCGGUCACAGACGAGAUCUCCCAGUCCCUCAUCACGAUCCUUUUCCCCAUCUGGCUCUCCGUCCAACUCCAUGAGAAGACUGGUUCUGUCUCCCUCACCUCUCUCUCAGAGCCUCACAGACGAGCUUAAACAGAAGCUGGAGAAGAGACGGACUAGUCAAGAUUGAUUUCCUCCUCAUUUCUGCCCACCCUUCGCCGUCUCAAUCUUCCAGUGCCUUCCAAUAAAGACUGAUGUCCUGUUGAAGGAACAAGGACUCCCUGUAAUCGACAUUCUUCCCUCAGCGUGACGUCUUAAACAAUGCCACUUUAUUAAUAACACGAGAGCCGAAGUCCACCAGCUUGUCCUGCCUCUCAUGAUAAGGCUGUCACACAAUGUCGCGUGUUCCUUUGAGAUUACAGAAAAUUAAAAAGGGAAAAUCUGAGCCAA